AUGGAUUCCCCUCAUAAGCGCAAGUGUCUCUCCAGCAAUCUGUUCUUUCUCUUCCUUCUUUUGUCCUCAAAUCUUCUGACCCUGUUCUUCUCCACCACCUAUUACUCGUCUUGCUCUUUAAAUCCCACGACAAACACUGCUACCAACACUGCCACCACUGUCAUCACCACAGGCUCCAUCAUUUCCGAUCCAGCUGCUAAAAACAGUGACGUUCAAGUAUCUGAUAACUCUCAGACACCAUCAGACCUCCCACCUGAGUUCAUCGCCUUCACAUCUCCACAAAAACUCCCAUUUGGAGUCAACCGAAAUUUUGAUUCUGACAAGCUCCUCCCUCCAGUUGGUCGUCCAUGCACUCUCUUUCCUGAUGAACUUCGCCACUACAUGUCAUACAAGGUCAAUGGAUCCUGCCCUGAUGAUGAGCUCUUAGCCCAAAAGCUCCUUCUUAAGGGUUGUGAGCCACUCCCUCGCCGUCGUUGCCGUCCGGCUGCUGCACAAGAAUAUGUUGAACCCUACCCUCUCCCUGAUAGCUUUUGGUCCACACCAUCUGAUUCAUCAGUGGUUUGGACAGCAUAUACCUGCAAGAACUACUUGUGUCUCAUCAACCGCGUGCACAACCAAAAAGGCUUUGAUGAUUGUAAAGACUGUUUUGAUCUCCAAGGUAUAGAGAAGACUCGGUGGGCUGGAUCGAAGAGUGGUGGUGGACUUGACUUCACCAUUGAUGAAGUACUGGCGGUAAAGAAGCCUGGCACAAUCCGAAUAGGGCUCGACAUUGGAGGUGGUGUGGCCACAUUUGCUAUACGGAUGAGGGAAAGGAACAUUACUGUUGUAACAACCUCCAUGAACUUGAAUGGUCCUUUCAACAACUUUAUAGCAUCAAGAGGCGUUGUUCCUCUGUACAUAAGCAUUUCUCGGAGACUUCCCUUCUUCGAUAACACACUUGAUAUCGUGCACUCGAUGCAUGUAUUGAGUAACUGGAUACCAACCACCCUGCUGCAUUUCUUGUUCUUUGACAUCUACAGGGUGCUGAGGCCUGGAGGACUGUUUUGGCUUGACCAUUUCUUUUGUGUGGAUGAGCAGUUGGAGGAAGUUUAUGCCCCGCUUAUCAACAGCAUUGGCUUCAACAAGGUGAAGUGGAUAAUAGGACGAAAGUUAGAUCGAGGGCCGGAGCUCCGGGAGAUGUACCUUUCGGCAUUGCUGGAGAAGCCAUUACAGAAUUCUUGGUGA